CUUUCGGUAAGAGCUCUUCUCCAAAUCAAGACCAAAAAACUAAAUUUUCCGGCAAAAAAAAAAUCACCAAGAGUUCAAGUCCUGAGACGGAUAAAAUGUCCUUGAACCGCGGGCUUAAGAUGUUCCUGCGGGCGAUUCCGCCCCAAAUUUUGCGUCGCGGCAAGGCGGACUACGGGAAAACGAUAUGCAAUCUGAAGGUCAACAAGAAUACGAAGGUUUUAGUGCAAGGAUUCACCGGCAAACAGGCAACUUUUCACUCGGAGGAGUCGAUAAAGUAUGGCACCAAUAUUGUGGGUGGUGUCAAUCCGAAAAAGGGCGGUACGGAGCAUCUGAAGAAACCGGUUUUCAAGUCCGUGGCCGAGGCGGUUGAGAAGGUGAAACCAGAUGCCACGGUGAUCUUUAUACCGCCUCCAUCCGCCGCUGAAGGAAUUUGCGCGGCCAUCGAGAGUGAGAUUGGUCUCAUUGUGGCCAUCACCGAGGGUAUUCCCCAGGUGGAUAUGGUGAGGAUAUCCCAGAUGCUGAAUUGUCAGGAGAAAUCCCGCCUGCUGGGUCCCAACUGCCCGGGAAUUAUCUCCCCGGAACAGUGCAAGAUCGGGAUAAUGCCGGGUCACAUCCAUAAGCGCGGAGUGGUGGGCAUAGUUUCACGCUCGGGAACUCUAACCUACGAAUCGGUGCAUCAGACCACCAACGUGGGAUUGGGUCAGGCCCUUUGCAUUGGCCUGGGCGGAGAUCCCUUCAACGGAACCAGCUUUAUAGACGCCCUCAAGGUUUUUCUGCCCGACAAGGAGAUCAAGGGCAUUAUCAUGAUUGGCGAGAUCGGGGGAUCCGCCGAGGAAGAUGCCGCCGAGUAUCUCAAGGAGCACAAUACGGGAUGUGAAGCCAAGCCGGUGGUUGGAUUCAUCGCAGGUCAGACUGCUCCGCCGGGUCGUCGAAUGGGUCACGCUGGCGCCAUCAUAUCGGGUGGGAAGGGGGCGGCCAAGGACAAGGUCGCCGCCCUGGAGAAAGCCGGCGUCCGCGUGACUGCCAAUCCCUGUCAUCUGGGAACCACUCUCCUCGAGGAAAUGAUCCGCCUGAAACUGGUGCCCAAGCCAGAUGAGAAGAAGGCCCAGGCAGGCAAAAAAUAGGAACACUUUGUGCUCUAUAAACCGAACU